GCUCUAUUCUUCCCAUUUUCUUGCCAUACUUUCUCUCUCUAAAGUCUUUUCUCUAAAACCCUUCCCUUUCAGUAAGCUCACGCCGCCAUGGCCGGACUCAACCGUCUGAGUGUGGUUGCUCCAUCUCUGGCUCGCCGCCUUCUGGGGCUCGGCUUCCGCCGAGGCUACGGAUCGGCUUCUGCGGCUCAGGUACAGUACGACUAUUAUGAUUCCGAAGAGGAAGAAGAGUGGGGACACGGGGAUCGGCGCCAGGCGAAGCCGCUGGUGGACUCGGAGGGAUUUGUCCCUGGAAGAGGGGUUCAAUGGGUGGUGAUCGGUGAUCGAACCGCGAAGAAACACGUGUACGCCGAAAGGCUCUCGAAGCUUCUACAAGUUCCUCACAUUUCCAUGGGAACCCUUGUUCGCCAGGAGCUCAAUCCUCGCUCUUCUCUCUACAAACAGAUUGCUAAUGCAGUGAAUGAGGGCAAGCUUGUGCCUGAGGAAAUAAUAUUUCCUCUGUUGUCUAAGAGACUUGAAGAAGGCUACUGCAGAGGUGAAACUGGUUUCAUUCUUGAUGGAAUUCCUCGAACAAGCAUCCAAGCUGAGAUCCUUGACCAAAUUGCGGAUAUUGAUUUAGUUGUGAAUUUCAAGAGCACAGGAGAGCACUUGGAGAAGAAGAAUCUAGGAACUGGGAACUUCACUCCUUGUCAAGAGUAUAUGGGCAAGAGAAAUGCCACCGGUUAUAAUCUAAACCUGUACUCACAGAAUGGACAACAAGUCUCCACUACUACUGAUUCUGAUUCUGAAGUACUCUGGAAAGAGAAGUUCAGUAACUAUGCAGAGCAGAGCAAGUCAUUGGAAGACUACUACAAAACGCAGAGGAAACUUGUUGAUAUUCAAGUAACUGAUGCACCAGGAGAAACUUGGCAAGGGUUGUUGGCUGCCCUACAUCUCCAGCAUAUAAAUGCUGUCAGUUCUUCGCAGAAGCUCACUGCCUGAUUUGGUUCACAUGGGUCUUCAUAAAUUUUUGCGUCCGGCUUUAUAGUAAAUAUGCUGUAAUGAUGUGAGAAUCGUAGACUUUGGUGGGGUUUUCCAUGUUGAAGAUCCCAACCUAUUUUUGCAAUUUUGACCCUUUUUUUUUACGCGUGUUAUAUGGUGUAAUGAGACGUGCCGUCAUGAGCGUCUGAGUUUGUAAAAUGUAGUCAUGAGAGUGACGAGAAGAAAAGAAAUACUAUUUUGACCUAAUAAACUAAUGCUCUUGUAUCAAUAUUAUACUGUUUUUGCC